CUGGGAAGCGCCUUAAUGGCAGAGCAUAAGCUAUAUCAUUUUUUUCGCUCCUAGUCAAGAGCCAUCUCUGUUAUUUUCCCUUUUCGAAGAAGUAUAGCUCUGAGGGAAUUUUUCGAAUUGAAUUUUUUCUCACAUAAUAUAAGUAGAAGAAACAACUGAAGUCUACUUAUAUUGACAUGUCUACUGCAGAACCCACCCAAAAGACCCGAAAAGCGAAAACUAAUAAAUUCAUUUUGAUUCUAGAACAGUUCUUAGAAAGAUAUAACUUAUCCGCAGAGUCCAGCCCAGAGCAAUUAAGCGAACAUGCCCCUGAACUUAAUGCUUUACUUCCAGAUUGGAAGGCCCGUAAGUAUGUUAAGGAAGCCCUUGCGAGAGGCACUGAAAAGAGAAGUGCAUUUAGCAAAGAGCAGAAAGAGGCUCUCGUGCCAGAUCAGAGAAAUAUGAUAUAUUCAGUCAGGAAAAGGGCUCAAGAAGUCACUAAAAGUGAAGAUAAGUGGGAUAUUUUUAUUAAUACUUUAGAUUUGGGACCAAAAGGAAGUAAGGAUGGAGUAAUUGAUGAUAAGGAAAUGAAGACCACUACAGCUUCCAAUAAAAUCCAGCAAGAGCGGACUGAGAAGCGCUUGGCUAAUCCAGGUAGAACUCCAGAACAUUUCACCUUUGAGAAAGUGCAUAGGAGACUCCAGAAUAUCGAUACUUCUAAAAUUCCCUCUAUGCAGGAUCUCGCGGAUGUGAUAGUGAUGCUGAGCAUGAGGCCUGCUGAAGUAUCAUCUCUCCAGAUUAUUAAUUACAAACCAGAUUCCGAAGAUCCGCCAGCGUGGUAUAAAGCUGGUUAUUCUUGGUAUUGCACUGGAUGUCGCAAACAGAGAGAUAAACCGAUGCCUAUGCGAUUACUCUCUAUGGAAAAGGAUCCAGAACGUGCUAAGGAAUUACUUACCUGGAUUCAAGACGCUAUUAAGGCUGGGAAGUUGCGUGAUCCAGUUUAUACUGAAACUGGAAAGCGUAAUAAUGUGCCAUUUGCCAAAUUCAUAAAGAGUUUAAAAACUAAUCAGGACGAAGAUGAGAUUACCCCUGAGCUUCUAAGAAAAAUAGGAGCUAAACACGCCUCAAUGGUUCAUGCCGGUCCAAAUCCAACCCCUCAACAUCUCAACAAUCUUUCAGAAAUCGCAUUAAGACAUAAAAUUAACCGUCUUGAUGCAGGAAAAAAUUACGCUUUAGGUGAUCCAAAAUCGAAGAAGAAGCCCAAAUCUGAUUCUGAAAAUUCACCAAGCCUGGUACCUCAGCUUAAAAAUGAUGAUUAUAACCCUUUCAAGGGACAGAUAGUAGAAAUAGAUUCAAUGUUAGCUAGUUUCUAA